AUCAACAGAGAAUGUUGCUGUCUCGGCACAACUGAGUGCAAACAACAAAGUUCACUCUUCACCUUUUAAGAGGAACAGAAACCAAAAGCUGCAGGAAAGACUGGAGAAACAGAACGGCUUUCACUGUGAUGACAAUGCUCUUCUGUCUGAUGCCAUGUGAGGUGGCUGCCCCUGGGUGUUUGUGAGUACAUACCCAAGGAUUUGGACAUACAUCACUCUUGUGGGACCAUGGGAAAAGGAAGGCCAGCAUCACCUCUGAGCUGCUGAGGAACCGCAGGAAAGCUGCAAAUCCCCUGGGCAAAUCUGACCUCCUUGGCCAGUUGUUCCUUGCCACAGAGGUAUCCCAGGGAAGCGGGACCAAGAGCAGCUUGGGUGUGAGCCACAGCCACUUCUGACCAGCUGUGGUGAUUCUGGUGAGCAGUCAAAGCAGAGGAAAAGGUUCAGCAAUGGAUGCUGUCCCCAGCCUGCCUCUUCCCGGCUCCUGUGCCUCUGAGGUCCAGUGCGUAGCCAGCUCCAGUGGGAAUCCUAAAGAUGAAGGUGACUGUGAAGGGGAAGAGCUGGAAGAGGAGAGCGGCCUGAGAAGGCCGAAGUGUGGAGAGAUGGCUGAGCUGCAGGCCUGCCCCCUGCUGCACUUGCCCAUCUGUGGGAGCGAUGGGAACACCUAUGCCAAUGAGUGCUUGCUCUGUGUGCAGAAAAUGAAAACCAGGCAAGAUAUCCGGAUUUUGAAUGACGGGGAGUGUCAAGAUAUCUGAGCCUCCUGGUGGCCUUCCUGAGCCCGCAAAUAGGUGAUUAAUUGAUGCUGUGUGCUCUGCGUGCAUCAGACAUUUCAAUCAGUGACAGUAAAUAAUAAAAUUGCAUACACAAUCUUA